AUGCUCGGUCUCGACUCAGCCGGUAAGACCACAAUGCUGUAUCGCCUGAAAACAGACCAACAUAUGCUAUCAGUACCAACUCUGGGGUUUAAUGUGGAGAAAAUCGUCAGCGAAGGGAACAGCUUCGUCAUUUGGGAUGUUGGCGGCCAGAAAAAGAUACGAUCGCUUUGGACUUACUACUAUGAGAAUUGUCAAGGUUUAAUUUAUGUUGUCGAUAGCAGCGACCGAGUUCGUCUGAAUGAAAAUCGAUGCGAACUGAUAAACAUUCUUAAACAUCCCCAAAUGAAAACUGUUCCCAUUGUGAUUUUGGCCAACAAACAAGAUAUUCCAGGUUCUAUGUCUUCAUCAGUUCUUUCUGAUCAUCUUUGUCUUAGAGAGAUUCUACAAGGACAUAGCUGGUUUGUCCAAGGAUGCUGUGCCGUGAAUGGAGACGGACUUGUUGGUGCAAUAGCUGUUCUUAGUGGGCUGAUCAAACAGAACCAAAAUACAAAACCCAACACAGGAAAAUCAAAGAAAAAAUCCAAACAGAAAACUUAG